GCGCGCGCUCGCUUCCCCAAGAUGGCGACCGGUAAGGAGGGUUGUGGUUUGAGAGAAGUGGCUGGAGGGAAUGGGCGGCGGCUCCACCUGGGGAUUCCUGAGGCCGUUUUCGUGGAAGAUGUAGAUUCCUUCAUGAAACAGCCUGGGAAUGAGACUGCAGAUACAGUACUGAAGAAGCUGGAUGAACAGUACCAGAAGUAUAAGUUUAUGGAGCUCAACCUUGCUCAAAAGAAAAGGAGGCUAAAAGGUCAGAUUCCUGAAAUUAAGCAGACUUUAGAAAUUCUAAAGUACAUGCAGAAGAAAAAAGAGUCCACCAAUUCCCUGGAGACCAGGUUCUUACUGGCAGAUAACCUGUAUUGCAAAGCUUCAGUUCCUCCUACCGAUAAAGUGUGUCUGUGGUUGGGGGCGAAUGUAAUGCUUGAAUAUGAUAUUGAUGAAGCUCAGGCGUUGUUGGAAAAGAAUUUAUCGACUGCCACAAAGAAUCUUGAUUCUCUUGAGGAAGACCUGGACUUUCUUCGAGAUCAAUUUACUACCACAGAAGUCAAUAUGGCCAGGGUUUAUAAUUGGGAUGUAAAAAGAAGAAACAAAGAUGAUCCUACCAAGAACAAAGCAUAAUGCUGGCAAUUAAAAAUGUGGUUCAAUUUUCCAAACAUGUUAUUUUAAAUACUCCAAAGUUUAUCCUUAAAAGUUGACAUAACUUUAAAUAAUUUUUAACAGCAAGAAUGAUGAUUAAAACUUAAAAGAAAGGUACAGCCACUAUGGAGAACAGUAUGGAGCUUCCUUAAAAAACUAAAAAUAGAACUACCAUAUGACCCAGCAAUCCCACUACUGGGCAUAUACCCUGAGAAAACCAUAAUUCAAAAAGAGACAUGUACCAAAAUGUUCAUCGCAGCUCUAUUCACAAUAGCCCAGAGAUGGAAACAACCUAAGUGUCCAUCAUCGGAUGAAUGGAUAAAGAAGAUGUGGCACAUAUAUACAAUGGAAUAUUACUCAGCCAUAAAAAGAAACGAAACUGAGCUAUUUGUAAUGAGGUGGAUAGACCUAGAGUGUGUCAUACAGAGUGAAGUAAGUCAGAAAGAGAAAAACAAAUACCGUAUGCUAACACAUAUAUAUGGAAUUUAAGAAAAAAAAAUGUCAUGAAGAACCUAGGGGUAAAACAGGAAUAAAGACACAGACCUACUUGAGAAUGGACUUGAGGAUAUGGGGAGGGGGAAAGGUAAGCUGUGACAAAGCGAGAGAGAGGCAUGGACAUAUAUACAGUACCAAACGUAAAGUAGAUAGAUAGUGGGAAGCAGCCGCAUAGCACAGGGAGAUCAGCUCCGUGCUUGGUGACCGCCUGG